AUACAAAAGUUAAACUCUGAACAUGAAUGGUGAAAAGAGGCAAAAAGCAUGAAUGUACAAGCAAGCUGGAAGUGUUUUUUUUUAAUUUAGUGAAAAUUAAAGUUUCGCUUAAAGAUAGCAUGGCAACAUAUGUAUGUAGAGCAUAGCCCAUGUUUGAAAAUAUGAGUGUUAUAGCGUGAUAAGAACCCUGCAAACAAAUAUUUGAAUGCGUGGAAUGUGACUAUUUAUAAGAAGUUUAAGCACAUCAAACUAAAAUUAGCCAGCACGCCGUCGACAGCGAUGAGAACUUACAAAAUCUGUCGCCAACUGCAGGCAAACUUUGCGGCCGCGUAGCAGCAGGAAAUGUCCCACGACUAUCAAUAGCCGCCAAUCCAGAACCGAACCGAAUCGAACCCAGAACCCAGAGACCAGAGACCAGAAGCACUUGGAGUCAACCAGGAAGCCGAAAGCCAAGAGCCAAGGGGAGCCGCAGGGGAGAGUCCGCACCAGUUCCUAUGCAGCUAUAUUCGAGUUUAAAUGAAAUUGAGCAAGAGCCUGGCAAACUGUCGCGCCAUCCGGCGCUAUUUGCUCAUCUUCACGGCCGUGUCCCUGCUGCUCCUGCCCCUCUCCCUGGCCUACCUGGUGUGGAACGAGCAGCUGCAGAAGAUCCGAGGAUUCGAGGCCUUUAAUGUGCAGCAGCAAUCGCCGCAGCAGCCGCAGCCGCAGCAGCAACAGCAGGAGCAGCAGCAGCAGCCGCAGCAACAUGGCCAGUUUCCGUAUCCGGUGGUCCGGUAUCCGGUGCUGCUGCUGAACAAGAACAAGAACAAGGACCUGACCGUCGUGGCAACGGGCAAGACCAAGAACAAGUGGCGCUAUGUUGAUAAAGACAGCAACCAGACACUCCUGCCCCUCAUCCCCGAGCAUGCCGUGCAGACACUCACGCCGCAGGAAAUGCUCCAGGUGGAGCAGCGGAUGGACCAGCGCAGGGAGCGGCUAAAGGACAAGUGCUCCGCCUACGGCCUGGAUGUCCUGGGUCACGACGCGUGGCACACGCCGAACACGUGGGAAUUUUUGGUCAACAAAAAGUAUCACAUUAUCUGGUGCAAUGUCUUUAAGGCUGCCUCAUCGUCCUGGAUGUUCAACUUCAACGUCCUGGCCGGUUACUCGCCCAGCUAUCUGCGCAAAACCAAGAAGAUCCUUCUCAACCUGGCCAGGGAGCGCUAUCCCAGGGUGACCCUCGACGAGCUGCGUGAGGCACAGAACUACUCGGUGACCUUUAUCAUCGCACGCGAUCCCUUCGAGCGGCUGUUGAGUGCCUAUCGGGACAAGAUGGUGUUCGCCCUGCCCUACUCCUUCCACGAUAAGUUGGGACGCAGCAUUGUGCGCAACUACCGCAAGAAGCCGUCACUGGCUGCCCGUGCGGCCAACACAAAGUUCCCAUCGUUUCCGGAAUUCGUGCACUGGCUGCUCGACCAGGUGAAGCGCGGCAGCUUCAUCGACAUGCACUUCGUGGCGGCCACCUCGUUCUGCACACCCUGCCUCAUCCGGUUCGACAUGAUACUGAAGUUCGAAUCGCUGGCGGAGGAUCAAUUAUAUCUAAUCGAAAAGACUGGCCUCAAGCGGGUGAUAGCGCCCGUGUGGCGCAACAUGGGCAAGGGCCGCAAGACGCACGAGCUCCAGCAGCAGUUCUAUGCGCAGCUGACACGCCAGGAAAUGCUGGAGCUCUACGAGUAUUACAAAUACGACUUCGAGCUGUUCGACUACGAUAUCCAGGAGUAUCUGCAGGUUGCCCGGCCGGAUGAGGCCGAAAGUCCGGCGGGCACAAAGAAUUAAACUAGCUCUGAAUUCUUAGACUUUGCUAAAAACCAAUGAAUCAAGUUCAACGAACUCACAUAUUAGCCGUCACAGUACGUAAUUGCAAAUGUUGAUAAUACUGAAGAAAACAAUAAUAAAAUUAGCUAUAUUUAAAC